CACAUUUCGUGAAACUGCUCGCGAAGCCGCGAAGAAGAAGCAACCACCGUCGGCCACCAUGGGUUCAGGUGAGGAGGAGGAAGCACCAGCGACACAAAGACACGACAGAUCCCGACAAUCCGUGACGCCACGGAUGACCUCUCCGCUGUUUGUCUGUCCCCGGUGUGGUUGUGUGUUCAGGCAAGCCUCACGGAAUAUUGGCGGCGCGUAAGCUGGUCAACCGCCGCAAGCGUGAACUGUAAGCACACCGCAUCCCUCUCGUCACCGGGAGGGCGAGGGGAGGGGGGACAGACAGACCGGUGUGGACGUUCCCUCCUCUCUGUGUGUCGUCUGUGGUUGUGUGUGUGGCGGUGUAGAUGGGCUGACAAGCAAUACAAGCUUGCGAACCUCGGCACUCGGUGGAAGGCCAAUCCCUUCGGCGGCACUUCACACGCCAAGGGCAUCGUCGUCGAGCGAGUCGGCAUCGAGGCCAAACAGGUGGGUGCGGUGCUGACACACCGUCCACACACAAAGGACGACACGACACGCGGCUGUCCUCAUGUCCACGUGUGUGGCGGCGCCUGCCUGCUUGUCUAUGUCUGUGUGGAUGUGCGUGUGUGCGUGCAGCCGAACUCUGCCAUUCGUAAGUCUGUUCGCGUGCAGCUGAUCAAGAACGGCAAGAAGAUCACCGCCUUCGUCCCCAGGGACGGCUGCCUCAACUUCAUCGACGAAAACGACGAGGUCACAAAACACACCCGCAGGCCAACACACAACACACAACCCAACCACACGGUUGGUUCUUUUGUGGGUCUGUCUGGUGAUGUAUGUGUGUGUGUUGCGUGCGUGUGGUGUUAUGGUGUAUGAGGACACACAGGUGUUGGUUGCCGGCCUUGGUCGCAGCGGUCACUCUGUGGGCGAUUUGCCGGGUGUGCGUUUCAAGGUCGUCAAGGUGUCGGGCGUGUCGCUGCUCGCACUCUUCAAGGAGAAGAAGGAGAAGCCGAGGUCAUAGACACCCCAGCAUGAGACGCGACGAUGCUCGGAGCGGUGUCUGCCAGACGGACGCACCACGAUCAUGUGUGCAUGUUUGAUUGAUGCAUUCAUGUCGGUCAGGAGUGCCCGUGUGGAUGUGUGCGCAUGGCAGAGUGGACUGGACGUACACGUGAGUGACGUGAGUGACCUGUCUUAUCUGAAUCUGUGCGUGUGAUCCGAUAACCGUGGGAGUUUGCCAAUUACUUACGUGGCUAACUGGAGUGUACAACCAACUACAUGCAAUCAAUGCACAACCUCCCGCGUGCACACGCCCAUCCCAUCCCAUCCCACACGUAGACGCCGCGUCCAGUUGCAUUCAUUCGUGGGCCACUGACUGCACUGCAUGUGUGUGGGAAAGCCAGUGGCGCCUGUGCAACGAUCGAUGGCAGUGAGCUGAGGUGAGGAUGUAAUAUCAAUGGGCGGCAGAGAGACAGCUGACAGACAGACAGACUGACAGAC